AUUUAAUAAAAAUCAUACCUUUACAGUCGCAUAAAUCGAAUUUCUUCUUCACAAGAAACUCUCUCAGAGUCGCUAAAACCCUUUGAUCCAUCUCUUUGAUCGCUUCUCUCAAGAGUGAGAAACUAUGGCCUCAACCUUUAGCGCAACGUCUUCAAUGGGCUCUUCUUUGUUGGCUCCUCCUUCGAAUAAAUUGUCGUCUUUUGUUUCGAUCUCUUCAAGCUCCUUUGGGAGGAGUCAGAGUAUUGCUCAGAGGAAAGCAAGGUUUCCCAAAAUCUAUGCGGCUAAGCAAUUACAUUUCAAUAAGGACGGGACUGCGAUUAAGAAGCUUCAAGCUGGUGUGAAUAAACUUGCGGAUUUAGUUGGGGUUACUCUAGGUCCUAAAGGCAGGAAUGUUGUUUUAGAGAGCAAAUAUGGUUCUCCUAGAAUUGUAAAUGACGGUGUAACAGUGGCUAGAGAGGUUGAGCUUGAGGAUCCGGUUGAGAACAUUGGUGCUAAGCUAGUGAGACAAGCUGCUUCCAAGACUAAUGACUUAGCUGGUGAUGGAACAACGACUUCUGUUGUUCUUGCUCAAGGUCUUAUCGCUGAAGGUGUAAAGGUGGUGGCUGCUGGUGCAAAUCCAGUUUUGAUUACUAGAGGAAUAGAGAAAACCACCAAGGCUCUUGUCGCCGAGUUGAAGAAAAUGUCUAAGGAGGUCGAAGACAGUGAACUUGCAGAUGUUGCAGCGGUUAGUGCAGGAAACAAUUACGAAGUAGGCAAUAUGAUUGCAGAAGCAAUGGCAAGAGUUGGUCGUAAAGGUGUUGUCACACUCGAGGAAGGAAAAAGCGCUGAGAAUAGCCUUUAUGUAGUUGAAGGAAUGCAAUUUGAUCGUGGCUAUAUAUCUCCUUACUUUGUCACCGACAGUGAGAAAAUGUCUGCAGAAUACGAGAACUGCAAGUUGUUUCUCGUUGACAAAAAGAUAACACAUGCCAGAGACAUUAUCACCAUUCUGGAAGAUGCGAUCAAAGGUGGAUACCCGCUUUUGAUUAUUGCUGAAGAUAUUGAGCAAGAGCCAUUAGCGACUCUUGUUGUUAACAAGCUUCGUGGUACCAUAAAGGUUGCUGCUUUGAAAGCUCCUGGAUUUGGAGAGAGGAAAAGCCAGUACCUUGAUGACAUUGCUGCUCUUACAGGAGCCACUGUGAUUAGGGAAGAAGUUGGACUUCAGUUGGAGAAAGUUGGACCAGAAGUUUUGGGUAAUGCCGGUAAAGUGGUUCUCACAAAAGACACUACGACAAUCGUUGGUGAUGGAAGUACUGAAGAAGUUGUGAAGAAGAGAGUUGAACAAAUCAAAAAUCUUAUCGAGGCUGCUGAACAAGACUAUGAGAAGGAAAAGCUUAACGAGAGAAUUGCUAAACUAUCAGGUGGUGUUGCUGUAAUUCAGGUUGGAGCACAAACUGAGACAGAGCUUAAGGAGAAGAAAUUGAGAGUUGAAGAUGCUCUUAAUGCGACAAAGGCUGCUGUGGAAGAAGGUAUUGUUGUUGGAGGAGGAUGCACUCUGCUAAGACUUGCAUCGAAAGUGGAUGCCAUUAAAGAGACUCUAGCAAACGAUGAAGAAAAGGUUGGAGCUGAUAUUGUUAAGAAAGCAUUGAGCUACCCACUGAAGUUAAUUGCCAAGAACGCUGGUGUCAAUGGUAGUGUCGUCAGUGAGAAGGUUCUCUCUAGUGACAACCCAAAACACGGUUACAACGCUGCAACUGGCAAAUACGAAGAUCUAAUGGCUGCAGGAAUCAUUGAUCCAACAAAAGUUGUGAGAUGUUGCUUAGAGCAUGCUUCAUCUGUGGCGAAGACAUUCUUGAUGUCUGAUUGUGUUGUUGUGGACAUCAAGGAGCCUGAAUCAGCAGCUCCUGCUGGAAACCCUAUGGGCAAUUCAGGUUACGGCUUCUAAGUUAGCAAUGAGAACAGAGUAGUCUCUGAAGAAGCAAAAGCCACGACGACUUAGUUCUUUAUUUCAUGAUCUGAAACAUCUUUUAUUCCGAUGUAAAUUAUAUGUUUUUCCAGUGACCUGAAAGAACAUAUAAUUUGGCUUUGUGUACUCUGUUUCAAAGACCAAGUCAUUCAAUAUCAUAACUUCACUGAAGAGUUAUAUGGUUUGCACU